AUGUUACCCUAUGAGAAUGCACUUUUCACUGUCCAAGUCACAAGAAAACAUUUCUUCAAAGAUAAAAACUAUUCUUUGUAUUUGUUCUCUGAUGAACUUGUUAUGACUGAUGAUAUCAUGAAAUAACCCAAGUAUAAUCUCAAGAUGAAUCUCACUACAACAAUUAAAUGGAUUCUAGAGGAAAAACGCAUUGUGGGUUUCGAAUUUACAUAUAACAAUGGUUUCAAGAUAGUUUAUGGGCCAAAACUCAACUUGUUAAAAGAAAUGAUUGCUGGAAAAAUAUUUUACCAGCCAAUUCUUUCUUUUUAUCAAUUUCAAAUGGAAAUGGGAAGUGGCAUGACAGGAUCUGUCUACAGAUGUGUUGCCGCAGACAAUGCCAAUUUAUAUUAUGCCAUCAAAAAGAUCGAUAAAUUGAAAAUUGCCCAACAUGAAGGUGGAAUACCUUAAUUAGUUCACGAACUCUCUCUUUUAUCUUCCCUAUCCCAUCCUAACAUAGUCAAACUCAAAGAAACCUACGCUGACAAUUAAUAUUAUUACAUCAUUAUGGAAUACAUCAACGGCAGAACCCUGUAUUCAGAACUCUCAAGUAGACAGUAUGGAUUAUCCAUAGCAGAAACCAUCAAAAUCAUGAAAGAACUUUUGGAUGCAGUUUCAUAUAUCCAUGAUAAGGGAGUAAUGCAUAGAGACAUCAAUCCACUCAAUAUCAUGAAGGCAGAAACAGUCAAGUUGAUUGACUUUGGCCUAGCAAGGAAAAUCAAAAACCAAUUGAACUUUCCCACUUCAGGCACUCCUGGCUACAUGGCUCCAGAGAUUAUCAAUUACAAUAAAGACAAACAAUAUGAUGAGAAAGCUGACAUCUAUAGUCUUGGAUGUCUGCUCUACAAAUUAUUAACGGGAGAAAAUCUGUUUAAUACAAAAUCAGCCAAAUAAACCGUAUAUCAAAUCAACAAAGAUGGGUAUUACGAAUUGAAGAAGCAACCUUCGCAUCCUGAAGUCAACUCGAUGAAGAUGGACCAGCUCUUUAUCUUAUUGCCUUAUAUGCUUGAAAUCGACCCAUCAAAUCGAUUAUCUGCUAAGAUUUGUCUCACUAUAAUAGAAGAGAUUGAUAAUAAUAAUCAAAACAUUGACAGACUUAUCAAGAAGAUUCUAGUUAGAAAGUCACUCAACACAACAACUAUUGAAGAAUAAAGGAGCUGUGAACGAAUAUCCAAAGGAAGGAUUGCCAAAUAAUCUAUUGAUGGAAUCUCUAAAAAAAGCUUGGAUGAACUCUCAAUCUUUACAAAAAAAGUUAUGGUUUAAAAUCAAUAAAAAGUCAUUCUCCCUCAUAAAAAGUAAGCUUGA